AUGCCUAUCUUCGUUAUCACUGUCCCCUCGAUCCCCUCUGAAAGCCAGGAGCGCUUCCUUAGUGCCUGGCCCACUCUGAAGGAUGAGCUCAAGUCUCAGGAGGGCGUCGCUGGAGUGUCAGCGGGACCUGUUGUGGCGGAGGAUGGCGCUGCCUUCACCGACUUCAAGUUUGUACAGACCCUAGCUUUCAAGACCACCCAAGACUUCGAAGGCUUCCAGUCUUCUACUUGGGCCCAGGAGCACAAAGCGAGAUACGACGAGCGUGUUGGAGGCGAGCCUGUUACUGGCAAGUUUGAGGUUCCUGAUUUUCCCACCAAUGCGUCGCCCAAAGCCUUCACUCAGUUUACGACUGUUCUUCUUAAUGACCCGGAGAAACGCGUCGAGCUACGCAAAGCCUGGACUGACCUUGCAUCCGCGCUCCAAAAGGAGACCUGGGGCGGAAUAAGUGUUGGAGAUGGUCCCUCUGUCGGUCUUGGUAUGAUCGGAUGGGACAGCCUUGAGGAAGCCAAAGCUGCUUAUGAGCACCCUAAGGCCGCAGAGGCUUAUGUUGCGUAUAAAACCCUUGGAAAGAUUAAAAGCACUAUGGUUAAGCUAGAGUAA